AUGGCUCGUACAAAGCAAACUGCCCGCAAAUCAACCGGAGGAAAAGCACCAAGGAAGCAACUGGCCACGGCGCCGGCAACUGGCGGAGUGAAGAAGCCCCACAGAUUCCGUCCUGGUACCGUGGCUCUCCGUGAGAUCAGAAAGUACCAGAAGAGUACCGAGCUUUUAAUCAGGAAACUCCCUUUCCAGAGGUUAGUUCGAGAAAUCGCUCAGGAUUUCAAGACCGAUCUGAGGUUCCAAAGCAGCGCCGUCGCCGCCCUUCAGGAGGCGUCGGAAGCCUAUUUGGUUGGCCUUUUCGAGGAUACAAAUCUUUGUGCUAUUCAUGCUAAAACGGUCACAAUUAUGCCCAAAGACAUGCAGCUUGCUCGAAGGAUCCGUGGUGAGAGGGCUUGA